AUGUCUAAGAUAGUACGUUCAUUAAAGAAUGUUGCUGGUGGUUAUUCAUCUUCACAAGUAUUAGUUAGAAAUGCAACUUCAAAUGAUGCAACUGGUCCUACAAAAUAUGAUAUGGAAGAAAUUGCAUCAUUUACUUAUCAAACACAAACUGAAUUUAUGGAAGUUAUGGAUAUGUUGGAUCGUCGUCUUAAUGAUAAAGGUAAAAAUUGGAGACAUAUAGCAAAAUCAUUAACAGUAUUAGAUUAUUUAGUAAGAUUUGGUUCUGAAAAAUGUGUUUUAUGGGCAAAAGAUAAUAUAUAUAUUAUAAAAACUUUAAGAGAAUUUAUUCAUUUGGAUGAAUCAAAUAAUGAUCAAGGGGCAAUUAUAAGAGUUAAAGCAAAAGAAUUGGUUUCUUUAUUAAGAGAUGAUGAAAGAUUAAAACAAGAAAGAUUAUUAGCAAAACGUGGUAAAAGAAAUGGAUCAUAUGAUGAUGAUGAUGAAGAAGAUGAUUUUGGUAAUGAUCGUAGAGAUAGAAGAAGAGAUAGAAGAAGAGAAAGAAAUCGUGAUGAACCUUAUGAUGAAGAUUUACAAAGAGCAUUAGAAUUAUCAAGAGUUACAGCAGAAGAAGAUCAAAAUAGAGCAAGACAAUCAGAAAAUGAUCCAGAUUUAGAAGCAGCUAUAAAAUUAUCAUUAGAAGAAGAAGAAAUGAGAAAACAAAAAAAUAAUACUAAUUUAUUAGAUUUAAAUGAAGAACCUCAAUAUCAACAACAACCACAACAAUAUUUUGCAACAGGAUAUUAUCAACAACAACCACAACAACAAUAUUAUCAACAAGAUCCAAAUCAAUAUCAACAACAAUACGACAUGUUUGGAAAUCCAAUACAGAAUCCAAUGGAAACUGGAUUUUAUGAUCAACAAAAUUAUUAUCAACAACAACAACAACAACAGCAACAACCUCAAUAUCAACCUAAUCAAUUCACUGGAUUCAAUUAUGGACAAAAUCAACCACAAGAUCAAUUACAACCUUUGAAAACAGGUUCAAACAAUCCAUUUGCAAUAGGCAAUGACUCAAGUAAUAAUAAUAAUAAUAAACCUCAUCAACAAACAUUGAAUAAUUUAGCAGAGGAACAAUCUCAACAACCACCACCACAACAACAACAACCUCAAUUUUUCACACAACCUACAGCUCCAUUAAAACAACAAAAUACAUCAGGAUCAAGAUUUAAUGAAACUCAUGAAUUAAAUGAUUUAUUAUCUCAAGGUACAGGAUUAGAUACAUUUGGUAAUACUGGGGCUUCACGUAUUUCUCAUCAUCACACCAAGACUCAAAAUUUUAUAAAUUCAAGUGGUACAGGUUAUAAACAAACUGGUAAUGAACAACAAAGAUUAAGUUCAAAUGCUACUGGUAAUCCAUUUUUAAAUACUGGUAUUGGAUAUCAACAGCAACAACAGCAACAACAACCACCACCUGCACAACAACAAUAUCAAUUGAAUACAGCAUAUACUGGAUAUGGAUUUGGGAACGCUCAAAGCCAACCUACUCAACAAUAUCAACAACAAAGAGGUAACGAUGGACCAAGUUUAAUAGAUAUUUAA